CGAAGUAUCUCCAGAAGUAUCUCCAGAAGUAUCUCCGCUUGUGCUUCGCGUUGUUUUUGUGCCCAUUAAAGUGUCUCUGUGCCUCGCAUUGCCUGCCUAGCUGUUGGGAAAGUAGUGAAAGGCCAUCAAACGCUGACUGAAAGAAUUUGCAGAAUGUUCCUCCUUGCGCUCUUCUGCCUCUCCCUGGCAGCGCUGGGCGGCCAGGCCAAGCCCUAUGAGCCGACGGCCCAGCACAUUGUGAUCGUGACGCCGCAGGCGCAGGUGCACCUGGAGCCAACGCUGCGCUACGUGCACGGCCUCUCGCCGCUGGCCCGCGUGGCCACGCCCCACCACGAGGAGACGAUCGUGUACGUGCCGGCCGGAGCGGCUGCCUCGGUGGUGCCCGUGCUGGACACUGUGGGCUCGGGCCGCGCCGGCGGACUGGAGGGCAAGCAGUUCGAGGGCGUGCAGGAGACCUCCAACCAGAUCCAGCAGCAGGUGUCGCAGGGCGUCGAGAUUGUGUCGGGACAGAUCGGAGAGGCUGCCGCCGCCGCCGCCUCUGCCGGCGCUGGCUUCUUCCCCGCCCUCUUCCCCGGCGGCUCCAAGAAGGAGGAGCUGAUUGAGACGCCGGCCAACACCCAGCCCCUGAUUGCCGCCGAGGCGCGUCACUUCUACAGCCUGCCGCAGGUGUACCACACCCAUCCAGUGGUCGAUGUGGUCCACACUCCCGUCUACUCCUGGCCCAUUUCCUCCAUCCGCGCACGCAGCAUCCAGCAAGAGCCAGAAGUGGCCGCCGAGUCGGCCGUGAAGCUGGCACCCACCGCAGAGACUGGCGUGAAGGCAGAGCCCGAAGUGAAGGCAGAUUCGAAGCUCAAGAAGGAGCUGGAGCUGAAGAAGGAGUUGGAGCUGGUUAAGGCAGAGCCGGAACUGAAGGCAGCGAAGGCAGAGCUGAAGCCAGAGCUUGAACUGAAGAAGGAGCCGCUGCCCGUGGAGCUGCCGCUGCUGAAGGAGCAGCCACUGAAGGAGCAACCACUGCUGAAGGAACAGCCACUGGAGCCACAGCCAAUCAUCGCCGAGCCACAGGCCACCAAGGCCGAGUUCGCUGGACGCCUGCUGGAGAGCAACGCCAUCAAGCAGGAGCUGCAGAGCCCCGAAAUCGCCAAGGAGCAGAUCAAGGAAGAGCCGGCCAAGGGACUGCCAGAGGAGCCACUGAUCAAGGCCAUACCCGCCGAGCAGCCCAUCGAGCAGCCCAUUCAGCCGCAGCAGCAGCAGCAGCAGCAGCCGAUCCUCAAGUCAGAGCCCGCUGAGAGCAUUGCCAUUGCCAUUCCCAUUGUGCCACAGGCCUAGGUGUACGUCCACGAACCCGCAGAACGCAUCUCUGAAUCUCACUCCUACUAUGGGCAGCUUUGGUUCUUCGACUGAUUCUCAUCGCAUGCUCGGCUUGGACAGACAACAAGCCUGAGCAGGG